AUGCUCCGAAUCAGCCAAUAUUCUUCCGUUUCUUCGCAGCAGUCAGAACAACAAUAUGUGCCAUUAAAACAUGUGAGCGUCGAAACUUUUAUUAAAUUUUUCGCUGCCGAUGUGACUAUCAAACAAGUUUUUCGAAAUGAUGAAACAAAACCAAUCGAAGCAGUGUAUUGUUUUCCAAUAGAAGAACAAGCAGCCAUCUAUUCAUUUAUUGCUCGAAUUGAUGAUCGAAAACUCAUCGCACAAUUGAAAGAAAAAAACGAAACUCAACGAGAAUAUAGCGAUGCUCUUGAACAAGGACAUGGUGCAUAUUUACUUGAACAAGAUGAAAAAUCUCAAGAUAAUUUCAUAAUCAAUGUUGGUGCACUACCAGCUGGUAAAGAAUGUCACAUCUCUAUAUCAUAUGUCUCUGAGCUAGAUCUUGUUGAAAAUGGAAGCAGAAUUCGCUUUGUGGUUCCGACAACUAUUGCACCUCGAUACAAUCCAAAUACAGGUGAUGUCAGUUCACCAGCUGGUACAACGUCGAAAUACGUUCAAACAGCUCCAUACACAAUUGAAUUUCGUUGUCAGUUAGAACCACUGAAAUGGUUAGAAAAGCAUCCUCCACGAAAAGGUCGUGUGCGACAAAUAUUUCUGUUGACAGAUGGAGAAAUUUCCAAUGUCAACGAAGUACUUGAUCUAUGUCGUUCAAUGGCUACUUCUACACGUAUCUUUUCAUUUGGUUUGGGUCAUUCUCCAAGUCGUUCACUUGUCAAAGGUCUUGCUCGAGCAACAAAUGGAUGUUUUGUUUUUAUUCCACCUAACACUAGUGUCGAUAUUCAUGUUGGUGAACAAUUACAAAAAGCUUUGCAAUCCUAUAUAAGUGGCAUACAAGUGGACUGGAAUUUGGGUACUACUGUUAUGAGUACACCAACAAGAAUACCACCAGUUUAUGCUAAUGAUCGUCUAAUUGUCUAUGCACUUGCUAAUGAUCCCAUUUCACAUCAACAGUCUUUGAUUGACGAAGAAAAAGAUGAAACGUGGCCUACUGAUAACCAAAAUAUUAUUCGCUACUUGAUCAGCAAACAAAAAUUUGAUGGUUCAUGGGAUUUAGAUGCGAAAGAUGUAGAACACUUGACUGGAAAACCGUUAAGAAGCUUUCCAGCAUCUAACAGUAAACAAAUUCUCACUUCGGCUAUUGUUAUUGUCACACUUGAAACGCGUUUCGCUACAAUGUCGACAUUGUGGUAUGGUGUAGUUCAAAAAGCUCGCAAACGUCUUUUCAAUUUACUUGGCAAAGACGUUAAAAAACUCGAAUCGUUACUGGAGAACAUUCGUCAACAACUUUGA